ACAUAUUUGGAAUUCACACCCCUCGAAAGAGAGUUACCGGCCGCCACUGUUAUGGAAUAAAUGAAAGACACAGAUUUAACCCUUUAAACAAGAAAACUAUUAGCCAAACGGAUUCAGCUGUUAUAACCAAGAGACAUGACUGGGAACUCAACCGCACCCGACAAUUCUAAUUAUUCAGGCUAUGAAGAUUACAAUGACUAUCCAGGCAACGGUAAUUUUGCUCCAAGCUACAACGGCAACACGAAGGCCUUCAGUGAAGUUUUUCUUCCGACUUUCUACAGCAUAGUCUUCAUCAUUGGCUUCAUCGGGAACGGUCUGGUAGUGUGGGUCCUCAUCAGAUACCGUCACAAAUCCAAUAUGACAGACGUGUGCCUCUUAAACCUCGCCUUCGCUGACUUGCUCUUUCUAGCGUCACUUCCCUUCUGGGCUCAUUCGGCCAUGGCUGAUUGGAUCUUUGGUAAAUUCAUGUGUCAUACCGUAACGGGCCUUUACACGCUGGGUCUCUACGGCAGUAUCUUCUUCAUGGUGCUUAUGACAGUGGAUCGCUAUGUCAUCAUCGUCCAUCCCCACAGUAUCUUUUCCAAGAACCGCUCUGCCAAUAUGGGUUUGGUUUUGGCUUUGUGCAUGUGGAUCCUCAGCCUGUUUGCAUCUCUCCCAAAUAUAAUAAUUGUCAAUGAGUCCAAAGAGAUGAAUAAUUCAACAUAUUGUAGAUUAAACUCUUCAAGUGAUGCCAUGAAGUCUUUCAUUUACUUUGAGGUAAAUGUCUUGAGCCUGUUUCUCCCUCUGAUUAUAAUGGGGUAUUGUUACGCACGGAUCAUCCCAACUCUGAUAAGCAUCAAAUCACAAAAACGACACAAAAUCAUCAGACUCAUUCUGGCUGUGGUGGCUGUUUAUUUCCUCUUUUGGACACCAUACAACAUUACCAUAUUCCUUUUCUUCAUGCAGACACAAGGCUACAUGCAGUCACACGAGUGGCAUAACAGUUUGAGUCUGACCAUGCAAUGGGUGGAGACUAUCGCUUACAGUCACUGUUGCCUCAAUCCCAUCAUCUACGGCUUUGUUGGAGAGAAGUUCAGAAGAGAAGUCAUAAAGGUGGUAAAGGAGCAGUUUCCCAUGUGCUUCAGACAAUGCUCAUCUUUCUCACAACAGUUAUCUGAACGCAAAGCCUCAACCUUCUCAAAAUCAACGGAAUUUUCCAGCACACAUUUGUGAACCUGGACCACAAAACCUUAAGGGUCAAUUGUUUGAAACUGAGAUUUAUACAUCACAUGAAUGCUAAAUAAAUAAGCUUUCCACUGAUGUAUUGUUUGUUAGAAUAUGAUAAAAAAAAUCUAAAUAUAGAGAUAUCUUCAUGGAUCAUGAUCUUGACAUAAUAUCAAUGAUUUUUGUCAUAAAAGAAAAAUCAAUAACAUUGACCCAUGUAAUGUAUUUUACUACAGAAUUACCCGGUAUGACUGGUUUUCUGGUCUAGGGUCACAUAUUAUAUAGUGCACAGUGUGCAAAACUCAUGAAAAUGUGCUCACGCUGGCGAAAAUGUACAUGUAGUAUAGGCGUCAGAAGUGGGCGUGUAGAAAUGGCUCAAUAGCGCAACCUGCAAAAUUUUAAGAGAACAGCCCCCUCGCUAUGAAAAACGUACAGAUACGAAAUGUGGUAGGAUAAUGUAGCACCCCAAGACCUACAUAAAAGUCUCUUGGAGCCAAGCUCUAAAGACCACAGGAAGUCAGCCAUUUUUAAUUUUCUCUGUAAUUUGAGUGCAAAUGUUGCCAUUUCUGGGCUUCGUACUUUAACAAACUCCUCCUAGAAAUUUAAUCAGAUCAUCAUCAUAUUUGGUCUGUGUCAUCUAAAGGCGGAGAUCUUGACAUUUUUUGAUAUAGGGUGUGUCUGUGGCGGCCUGCAAGAUUUCUGUUUUGCUAUAAAAAAGGAGGUUGUUCUAACUAAGGCUUAAAAUGUCCAAUCUGACCCACGUUUCACAUGUUUGAUAAGUGUCCUGGCCUGAACACAGCAACAUGGCAAUAUUCAAUAAAAGUUAUAGCGCCACCUGCUGGCAGCAGAAAAUGUCAUGUUUUACACUGUGAUUUACUGCUCAUAGAAAUUUAUUCAGAUUAUCAUCAUAUUUGGUCAGUCUGAACUAGGGAUGCACCGAUACCACUUUUUUGGAAUACGAGUACGAGUACGAGUACCUGCAUUUCAGUACUUGCCGAUACCAAUACCGAGUACUUAAUAAAAAACAUUAUUUAAAUUUACAGGUAACAGCUUUAGUCAUAUAAUUUAACAAAAAAAACAAAGGACUAGUUUUCCAGUUUUUUGUAAACUCUGCCCCUUUGGACAACACAAGAGGCAUUAACCCCUUACACGCCGCUCAAACAUAGACAUUUCUCAGACCGUGGUAUCGAUUCCAGGUAUCGGGGGACUUUUAACGAGUACGAGUACUUUAGAAAAUGUGGUAUUGAGGCCGAUACCCGAUACCAGUAUCGGUAUCGGUGCAUCCCUAGUCUGAACUUAAGGACUUCACAAUGAUAAAUUGUGAAGAUCUUAAAUUUUCGUUAAAGGGUGUGUCUGUGGCUGCCUGGCAAAAUUUAAUGUUUCACCAUGAGAAAACUGUUGUAACUCAGGCAUACAAUGUCCGACCUGUCACAAACUUAAAGGGGGGGUUUAAUGGUAUUUCAAGCAUUCUGACUUAUUAACACAGUUAUAGAGUUGUUUCCUCAUGCUAAACGUAGGCAAAGUGUCAAAAAUGCAGUUGGGCGUGUUUCAGAGUAUUUCUGUGCCGAAUGCACUUCGCCAGGGUUCGUACAAGUUUCGGCUAAUUUUUUUCGAUUACGGUUCUAACUGACGUUUCAGGGGUUUUCGAUACGUAUCACUUCUUUAUAUGGGCUUCCGCCGGAAAACUUCCCCCGGAAAACCCCGCCCAGCCGUCAGUCAGCGGGAGACGCUAGAGCUUGCUAACAGCUUAUCACGCCACUCAGCUUUGUUUAAUUUCAAAAGUCAACAAUGGCACAACAAGAAGUGUGUUUUUGGAUGUAAGGAGAAGACAUCCAGCCUUAUGGAAACAAUGGAUAUAGUUUAUUAUCCGGAUUAGCAGCGGAGUUUUGCGUGUGUGUGUUUGAUGCGGUGGAUUUUCAUGACGAGUUACACGUGGUAAGUAAGACUUCUGUCUUAUGUUGGAAAUAGGCGCGUGUAUAUUAUAUAAAUGACACGAACAUGUAGUGAAUCAUAAGUUAAAACAGUGUUGUAUAGUGUUGCAUGACUCGUACUCGCUCCUCCCGUGUUAUAACUCCUCCUUCUUCAUUUUUUCGUAUGUUAUCGGAAAGAUUCGGUAAAGCUAAUCUUUCUUUUAUAAAUCUGAUUAAACUAAAGACUCUUCAGAGAUAUAAAGGAUGUCAUACUACUCCAUAGGUACUCCAGAUUAAUAUCAGAAAUGCAGAAACAGCGUGUGUUACGUGAGCUUUAAUAUGUUUAUCAAGGGUCCUGGCCUGAAGACGUCAAUCUAACAACAAUCAGUUACAGUCAAAGCGCCACCUACUGCACCCAGGAGGAUAUUGCACAUCAAAGUUCCUUUAAUUUCCACCUAUAUUUACCCACUUAUAUUCAAAUCCCCCUGGUUCACUGCUUUACUAAUGCCAUAGGGAGCUUUAAUUCAGUUUGAAAUGAUAGCAUUGAUUCUUCCUGUGUGACUACAAAUUAUUUUCAUUUUGAGCAACUCUUGUUUCUUGAAACUCAAGUUCCUGUUUUUUUUCUAAAUGUAUUAAACUAAGUUUAUUUACAAAAUGUACAUAAUGAUUUUAAUGUGUGUUUUGUCAGCAUUAUAAAUGAAAAGGCUACAGUAUGUAUGGCUGUCAGGAUUUGACCUAGUGCUGGCGCUAUGUGGAAAACUGUAAUGCUUUUUUCUGAGUAUUUCUCAGAUUUCCAAAAGCAUUAAAGAUUUUUUUGAGAUUUAUAUUUUUUAUAUUUGGUGUAUACAUUUUUUGCAUGUAGCAGUUUUGUAGCUUUUUAUGAUUGGAUUGCUUGUUAAUAGAAACUAUGUAUAAUUCACUAAAUGUGUUCGAAAAUACAAAAUGUUGGAAUAUGUGCAAUGCGUUAUUCCUGGAAGUAUUAAAGGAAAUGUGAUGUAGCUGACUGUGUCUACAUGGCCUUAUCAUGUGGUUGGUGUGUGUGUGUGUGUGUGUGUGUGUGUGUGUGUGUGUGUGUGUGUGUGUGUGUGUGUGUGUGUGUGUGUGUGUGUGUGUGUAUUUGGGGGCUGUCUGUACCUUACAGAGAGGAAAUAGUCUGAAGCGUAGUGUUAAACCACAUUAGCGACAGUCAUCUGUAAGUCUUUGUAUCUACUGUAUAUUUUUCACAUAUGAAAGCGUAGGCUCAGGAAUGUUACAGUACAUUUCUGCUAGUUUUGUAUUGUUGUAAUAAUGAGAGUAGGCGGGAUUCAAACGCAAUUCCUUUAUUACAUUUACACACGAUAAUCCACAGCAGAAAUAU